GAGACAAGUGCUUGAACUCAUAUGAUAAUAUACACACGUGCUGUAAUUAAGAAAUGUGAUCAUUGUAAUAUAUCACAUCAAUCUUACCUUUGAAUAUCCGUUAACUUUUUUAUCCUUGCUACGUGAAAGUAAACUUUCCCUAAGUUUAUUCAUAACUGUCUCGUGACAUAUUUUUUCAUCAGGUCUGCGCAAUUUUUUUGUAGGUGGGUGCAGUUCAUCAUCAACAUCACAGUUAAUAUUUGCACGAUAAGGCCCACGUUUUUUUCUCUUUGCCGACAUCUUUUUUUAUUCUGAAACUCGCUUUGAGCCGUCUUGUAUGUAGAACUUUUGUUUACGCAUCACGUGAUGCAGCAGCCCGAUUAGAAACAGGGGCCCAAUGAAGGAUAUUUAUGGCGUAAGAUAUAGAUUUUAUGGCGUAAGAUAUAGAUGCAAUUGCCACAAUUUUACUGAAACCCCGCUGGCUGCCUACGGAGAAACUACACUGCAAGUUUCGAAGAUUGACCGCGUAAACCUGUUCAUUCCGAACCUCGAGUUAGUUAAAGCAUUCUUGGAUCAUCGUUACAAAAAAAGUGCUUAAAUUUCUGUAAAAAAUGUUUGCGUGUGUGUUUUUCUCGGGCGAUAAUACCUUGACUGUAGUUAACGAAAACAGUAAGGCAUUGCAAUGUGAGAAUUUCGUUAAAGGAGGAGAGUGUACAGUGAAAUUCAAGGGACAACCAUGGAAGGGCACUAUCGUCCAUAUUGGUGAAAACCAAUCUGAUGUAAAAGGGGUGAUGCACCAACUCCUGAAAGAAGUUCUGUUUGAACCAUGUGAGCAGUCUGUGAAAAUGCUACUAGAAUAUGAGAACAAGAAAGAUAAGGAUGGACCAAAACCCAAGAUGCCAACCAAGAAUUUGAAGAAGGGGGAAACUUCACAAAGAAAGAAGGCACCCACUAAGAAAGAAAGUUCACCUCCAAAAAAGCCUGACAGCAACCCUAGGAAAAUGGUCAUUGGUCAGAAUGUGGAAGAACUUCCUGGAACAUCUCUUAUGGAAACAUGGCGUCUCAUAAAUGAAAAGGACAAGGAAUUUACUCCUUCAACAGAACUUGUUUCCGUUCUGAAAAAACUGUCGACUCCUUCAAUUCAGGCAGAGAUAAAAGAAAUGAUUCGCUAUUUUGAGUCAAAGGAAGAGAAAGAAUACACAGAGAUUGGAAAUGAAGCUUCCUCAUAUGCCAGAACAGCCAAAAACUAUCUAGAUCUACCAUACACAUCAAAUUCACAAAAUUCUUCCAUUAUGCCAACUCAUUUCACUCAACAGCCAUAUUUAUAUGAACACUCCAAUUUCUCAACAACACAUACUUCACAACACACUGCUUCUACAUCACUAAAUCAAUCCAUGGAAGAGUAUACUGCAUCACCUUUACAGUAUACUCAGGACUAUUGCAGUCAAAACAUUUUGCAAAGUCCUGGUCAGCAGCAUCAGUCCUUCAAUUUAUCACCCAACAAUAACCCUACCAAUGUUUCGCAAAAUUCAGGUCAAUCACAUUUCAGCCAGACCCCAAACACUUCACCUUAUACUCCGCAGUCAAUCUUCAAUACUCCAUCCAAUACAGCACAGAAUCAUGCUCAUCAGCUGGAUUUUAAUCACGCACAAACCACCACACCGAACAUUACACCAAACAGUACACAAACACCACAGCCCACUACACCAAACAUUACACAAACACCACAGCCCACUACACCAAACAUUACACAAACACCACAGCCCACUACACCAAACAUUACACAAACACCACAGCCCACUACACCAAACAUUACACAAACACCACAAACCAGUUCACCCAACACUAUACAAACACCACAAACCACUCAAAGCACAGGGGAUGUUCAAGAAGUAAGAAGAUCCCCUCGUAAACGUCUGAUUAUGCCCCAAGAACCACUGGUUUCCACACCAGAUGAGAAUAUCACACUAAUGGGAAACGUGAAAAUUCCGAGGAAAGUCCUCAGGGCAGCCCGCAAUUUGGCCUUGAAAAAUGAGCGCCCAGCCUUCACCCUAAUGUCGAAACUGCUGACAGGUGUUUUUUCCACAUCUGAACUGGCAAAUUCUCGAGGUUUGGGACUGGCCCCCAUUAAAGCUGAUGACACCAGACCAGCCCUUGAUGCAGAAAGAAUUAAAGCAUGCAAAGAAUAUGUGAUAGCUUGGAGCCUUGAUGUUCAGAAAAGAACACCACAAGACAAGGACCUCAACAUGGCUGUGACUGAACAGACUGCCUAUGCCAGAAAGAAAAUGAAGCGGUCACUGGCUCAGAAAAACUGAAAAUUACUUGUAGAAGGAAUUCAGUGAUGUGGAUUAAAUGUAUUUUUAAGAGAUAUAACUUGUGUAGUUUUUGGAAAGGAACAUACAGGUUUCUAAUAAAACAGGUUUCCAUUGCCAGUUUUGUUAGUGGCACUUUUACAAACCUGGAAAACAAUAUCAUUGAUAUUUAGACUGGCAAAAGGGUUGUUUAAAAAUCAUUAAAAGGUACUAUCUAACUUACUGAAAUCAGGUCAGAGAUUAAGUGUCAUGUGGCCAUUUUGUAGAAGUUCAGUUAAGCCAGGCUUAGCUGAAUUUUAAGUAUAGAUGGGUUGUCUGGCAAUAGGGUUAUACAUAGUUUCAUAUGUCCCAUUAUGUAAAAGUUCAGUUGAGCCUGAGGCUUAGCUGAAUUUUAAGUAUAGAUGGGUUGUCUGGCAAUAGGGUUGUAACCUAUUUUCAUGUCUUCCUGGAUAAGCAGGGCCACUGACAAAUGUCCGUCUGGACAUAUUAGAUGUCCACCUGGACAUUUGGGUUGUCCGGGCGGACAUCUGGGUUGUCCGGGCGGACAUUUGGGAUGUCCGGGCGGACAUCUGGGAUGUCCAGGCGGACAUCUGAAUAGUCCGCCUGGACAUUUCAGAUGUCCGCCUGGACAUUGAGAUGUCCGCUAGGACAUAUGAAAUACUUUUAUAUACAUUAAAAAGCCAUGUCCAGCCGGACAAAUUCUAAAUUCCAGGUGGACUGGAUCACAUGACCUGGACAUAUUUACAUAUUCCGUCUCAAAAUACCAGGUGGAUGUUACUAAGAAUAGUAGUCCGUGUCUGUUUAAAGUAAUUGGCCAAUGACCAGGAAUCCUGCCGGACAUACCGUAUUUUGUCCGCCUGGAUUCC